AUGGCCACACCAACACCGACAUUCAACCUCGGGACAUCUUCAGAGCCCAUCCACGUUCCAAAGGUCGCUCUGGCCAUCAUCAUUACAUUCAGCGUAGUUAGCCUGGUUGCUCUCGCAAUAGCAAUCUGGAUUCUGUUCCGCUACACUUGCUCGAGCCGUGGAAGAAGGGACGGAUAUGCCAUCAGAGAUGGUCGAAACGAGCACACACAAUGGUGGAAACACGCCAAUCCUCCUGCCGAAUCAACAAACUCUUCCGAGGUGUCCCACGUUGGCAUCAUACCCGCUCCCGAGCUGGCUCCUGAAGAUGGGAAUUUGAGAAGUCGAUACACUGGGGAGAGGAGCGCUUAG